AACUCGGCAAAUGCUAACCCAUUCUCAGGACGCUACCCAGGGACUAAUAGACUGACUCACUCAAGGGUGUUUCGAUUUUGUGGCUGACAAUUUUUUUUUCUGGGCUGUUUGUUUCUCUGUGGUGAGAAAAACAAACAGAAUCAGGAACGUGUGCAGUACCAACACCUGUGCCAUUGCCCGUGUGUGCACGUGUGUGUGUGUGUUUGUGUGUGCCAGACGCAGAUCAUGGCAUCUGACAGCGUUCAGUACCGGGCACUCUUCGAGUACAAGCGCCAGCGCGGAGACGAUAUCUCGCUCCAGCCCGGGGACAUCCUCACCGUCAACAAGGCGUCCCUGCUCUCGCCCGACUACCAAGAGAGGGAGGAGCGGAGCCCCAAAGGCUGGCUGCACGGCACCAACGAGAGGACCAAGGAGAAGGGCGACUUCCCCGGGACCUUUGUGGAGUACGUGGGGGUGGUACGCGUCAGCCCCCCCGCCACCAAAACCUGGACCAGGCCCGUCCCUCCGACUCCAGGAGGGGCCCAGACCCCCGCGAGCCCCCCACCGCCCGGGGCCUCGGCGUCGGCAGCAGGAGCAGGACAGCAGGAGGCCCCAGAGGUGUUGGCGCUGCCAGAACAGGCUCCAGUGGCCGUGCUGAGGCUGACGGAGGCCCUGGAGAGGCCGGGCUAUGAGAGUGAACCUCUAUACAAAGCUCCUCCCGCUUCAACUGGACCCUCAGAACUUCGGCAGGCCCUGGAUGAAGUGGACGUCACGGCCCUGGCACCGCAGGGCCUCACCCCGAGCCCAGAAUGUUUACUCCAGACCUCAGCACCUCAUUCCUCGCCGUCAUCACCUUCACCCCAGUCACAAUCACACUCGCGUGGACGCCAAGCCCCGGCCAGGCCCUGCCAGUAA